AUGUCUCAACCAAAUACACAAUCAUCAUCACAACAGGUACAACCUUCUAUACAACCUCGUAUAUCUCAAAGCUCUUCAUCUACCCAAUCUCAAGCACAAAUACAACCUCUUCAAUCACGAGUUCCAUUGUCACGGUUACCUUCUAGACAAAUACAGCCAGUAACUAUAAAUACACCCACUGUAACUUCAUUAUCAACAACACCUCUACCAUCAAUAAUGACAUCAUCAUCACAAUCAACAAAAAUUCCAUCACAAGCAUCUUUGAAUACAAAUAGUUUUGUGGGUUCAUCAUCCACUUUAACUUCUGGUAUUCAAAGAUUGAAUACUGGCUUUCCUAUUACUCCCUUCAUGCAAACAGUGAUUGAUUCUGUUAAUCCAAACCAAAUCCUGGCAAUUCAAGAACAUUUACGUAACCCUGAAUCAUCAAGCAAUAUUACACCUGAACAAAGAAGUGCGUUAAUAAAUCAAUUGUCUAUAGUCUAUCAAUUAUUAACAUCACAAACAAUGUUAAACAAUCAGCAUAUUCAUCAAAGACAACAAUCAGCACAUUUGCCACAAUUUCAGCAGCAACAAUCAUCAUCACAAAUGCACCAAACACAGUCCAUUAACCAACGUUCAUUUUAUCCUGUGAUAAGUCCUCGGCAAAUAGUAAGAUGUGAAGUACUAUUAGAAUUCAAGGAAAACAAACAUGAUAAAUGGUUGUUUCCAAAGGAUGCCAUUUUAGAAGCAACUACAAUGUCUGAACCACAUGAUGUUAUCACAUCAUUUUAUCUACCUCAGAAUGAUGACAAAAUGGGUAGUAGUAAAGAUUGUCAAGCUGUUACAAUUCAAAUGACACAAUUAACACAAUUGAUGUUAGACUCAUUACAGGAAGCAACAAAUGAUAUAUCCAUAGUAUACAAAUCAAUGACUGAAAAAAUAAAGCAUCAAUCCAAAAGAGCUUACUUAAACUAUCGAUUGCCAGUUGACUAUCCAGAAGAUUUAUUAGAUAUAAUUGGACAAAGAGAAUCAAAUAAGGAUAUGAUAGAUAGAGAGACUGUGGGUCAAUCUGAACCUAAAAAUAAGCGAGUUAAAGCUUCAAAAAGCUCUGAGGGGAGAGCAUCUGCAAAGUCUUCAACUACACAAAAGAAGUCGAGAUCAAUUCCUGAAUUUAAUAUUCCUGUAUUACAAACAUCUAGUUCUACUACAAGUGGAGGGAAUAAACGUUGUGCAUAUUGUUACUGUAAAAGCACACCAAUGUGGAGGAGAGGUCCUGAUGGUGCUGGAACAUUGUGUAAUGCUUGUGGAGUCAAAUGGAAACAAGGGAAAAUAUUACAGUCAUCUAAUAACAUGCACACAAGUGAAAUUAAUGAUUCACAGUCAACAACAUCUCAACAUUAUAAAUCUAGAAAGGAUUCAUUUCCAACAUCUGGAUCAUCAUCUAUUACUGCAGCAGCAGCAACUAGCACUAGCAACAUUUCUUCUAUCAAAUCUAAAAAGAAGCCUGGAAGAUCAUUCUCUUUAAGUGAAGGAGCUACAGAUGAAGAUGAAGGUCGUGAAAAAAUUCGAAGUAAUUUUGGUCUGCAAAAAAACAAUAGUGCAUUUUCAAAAACUUCAGCAUCUUCAUCCAAAAAAGCAGCUACUUUCAAAGCUUCUACUGUUUCUACAGUUUCCACAAUACUUGGAGGUGAACUUGCUGAUUCUCCAGCAAAUACUUCUUCAUCAGAUUUAAUAAAUAGUCCUAAAAAAUCACCACAGUCAUUUCCACAAGGAAUAUUGUCACAUAAUUCUCGUAAUUUUAAUAAUCCAUCUGUUUCUUUUGAGUACCCAAUAAGUUUAACAUUAAAUUCAAUUGCAUUUGGACCGGGAAAUGCAUAUUUUUCUCAUUCAAAUUGUUCAGUCACAAUACAUGAAAACUUCUUGAAAAUAAAUUUGUCAAAGGAAGGCUGGUCAAGAAGAGAACCAAUUCGAAUAGAUAUUAAAUCUGAUAGUUUAGGAGUUGGGAAAUUAGAGGAGGAAAAUUAUUAUCAUUUUACUAGUACCUUGAAACGUAAAGCAUUAAGUAAAGUUCUAAAGAAAGAAUCCAUAAAAAAAGAAUUAGAAACAGUUAAAGCAGCAUUUUAUUGUGCAUUAUGUGACAAACAAUAUGCUAAAAUAUCUGAAUAUGAAAAUCAUUUAAAACCAGAAUUGUUGCUUCAUGCUUUCAUAAAUUCUGGCACCUUUAAACUGCCCCAUGACUUAAUCUUAAGCUUAGUAGAAUCAACAGAUUGGUGGGAUCUUGAAUAUGAUAUAUCAAUAUGGGCUCCUCAUUUGAUUAAUGACUCUUCUGAUCCAGCAUAG